AUGUCGCGCUUUCAUCACAACCGUCAGAGCAAAUCGCCCGCUGGGCGCGAGAAGAACCGUACCAGGAUUGGUUCCACUGACAGCACCGAGCCCAAAAAUGACGUGUCCCCUGAAGCCGCCGUCAUCUCCGACCCUGCGAUAGAGCUGAUCUCUGUCGAUGAAGAUGUAGACCCUAACGCUCCUGCGGGCGAUGUGGUGGGCAUCUAUGAUCUGGAUGCGACGGACGACGCCGAGUCCGUGAUAGAGUUGGUCUCUGUCGAUGAAGAUGUGGACCCUGGCGCUCCUGCGGGCGAUGUGGUGGGCAUCUAUGAUCUGGAUGAGACGGACGACGCCGAGUCCGUGAUAGAGUUGGUCUCUGUCGAUGAAGAUGCGGACCCUGGCGCUCCUGCGGGCGAUGUGGUGGGCAUCUAUGAUUUGGAAGCGACGGACGACGCCGAGUCCACGAUAGAGUUGACCUCCAUUGAUGAAGAAGUGGACCCUGAUGCUCCUGCGGGCGGUGUGGCGGGCAUCUGA